AUGGACUUCGGCGACGCGCUCGCCGACGGGUCUUCUCAUCGCUCCGAGGACAGCUCCACUAGCACUCGCGAGCUUCACAGUCAGCAUAUUUACGAUCUCCAAUUGGAGGUCAACGCCCUGAGGCUUCAAGUUCAAGCCCUCAGGUCCGAUUUGCAGACUUUGGAGGAGUCCCUUGCGCGCGUCUGGGUGAACCAGACGGGUCAUCACCAACGCCUCUCGUGGCUUGAGGGGAUCAUCCAGGGAUUGCGCAACGCCUGCAGAGCCUUUCUUGAACCGUCGGAAGGGCUUGAACAGGUGUGUGCCAAGAUGGCCAAGUUCAAACACACUUCUUGGGAGGUUAUGGUCAACGAAGAGAGAAAUCUUGCUGUGAAUAAGUGGCUCAGCCUGGUCAUGGUUGAGCCCUUGACCUUCGGUGUAGCUAGGAACUUCUACGCCGGCAAGGCGUCGGGGAUCUCUUCGGGAUCACUUGCUGACAGCAUUUCGGAUUGCCUUGCAGCCAAGGCCACUUCGACGAUCAAUGCCAGGGCAAAUUGCUUGUUACGGUUUGUUUCUUGGGCAAAGGGGAACAUGCCGUUUGUUUUUCCCUUGACCGAGCACGCUGUCUAUGCAUACUUCGAGGAGAAGAAGUCAACAGCAGCAGCAACAUCGUUCAGGAGCCUUCUCUCUUCCGUUGCUUUCGCUCAGCAUGUGGUGGGCCUUGAAGGGUGUGACAAGGUUUACACUUCGGGUCGCGUCCGCGGCCUUGCGUCGAAGCCUUACAUGCAGAAGAGGAAACUCAAGCAACGGAAUCCUCUGAGGGUCUCCGAUGUCAUUCUUCUUGAAAGGAUUUGCUGCAAUCUUGAAGACAGGUCUUUGCAGGACCGCAUCGCCGCAGGUUUCUUUCUUUUCUUGAUUUUUGCAAGAGCUAGAUACAGUGACGGGCAAAAUGUAGCAUCGCUGACUGACUCACCGCUCUACUUGGAGUGCAGUGUAGGCAGGUCCAAGACGAGUUUCACAUUGGAACGUAAGACCAGGUACCUGCCGAUGGCUGCCAGGAAGGUGGGCAUCAAGUGUGCGUGGGCCGAUGCUUGGCUUGCGGCUUUGGCAGAAGCAGGUCUUACGAUCAAGCAGAACGACCCGUUGCUCCCCUGCCCUUCUUCGAAUGGUUCGUGGAAGAUGAUCCCGCUUCCGUGUGAUCAGGCGUGUGCGUGGCUCAGGAGCCUGCUGGGGAACGCCCAGAGCGAUCCCUACCUUGCGAAUGUAGGAACACAUAGCCUUAAGAGAACUUUGCUGAGCUGGGCAAGCAAGCGUGGUUUGCCCCGAGAACAGAGGGCCCUCUUGGGGUAUCACACGUCCCGAGCAUCGGGUGCGGGAUCAGAACUGAUCUAUGAGUCCGACGCCCAGUCGGCUCCGCUCAGGGCUUUGUCAUCUAUGAUCGACGAGGUCUCGUCCGGGACCUUCAAGCCUGACAAACCAAGGGGGCAACAACUUGCCUCCGAGCUGUCGGCAAAUGCCGAUCCCCCUGGCGAUGAGAUCGAGUCGUCAGAGUCUGAAGGCUCCGAGGAUGAGGAGGAGAUCGACCACUCAGGGGACGAAGCUUGUGUUGCUGAGGCUUUGGACUGGCGCGGGAAGGUCGAUCUUGGCAAGAUUGAUCCCUCUUGCGUUUUCUUUCGGCAUCGCCAAUCCAGGGUAGUGCAUAUCACUGCCGACGAAGCCGGCUCCAACCUGGGCUGCGGUAGGGCCAUUUCGGGUCAGUACAGGAAGCUGGAGGCUCGACCCGCAAUUUUGCAUCCAAGGUGCAAGCAGUGCUUCAGGAAGUACUUGAUUGUGCAGCAGGGCACAUUCGGAUUGGCAUCUGCGGAUGUCGAAAAACUCGAGAAGGUGGGUGUGGAUUCACUCGCAAAGGUCGCUUUCAUGACGAGCUACACGCCGGGCUCCGGCGAUGACAAGGACCUCAUCGCGGCAUUCGAGUCGGCCCUCGGGACGCCGCCCUCUGUAGGGCAGAAAAGCUCCUUCCGAAGGUUAUUUCAUGAAGCAUAUGCUGUUACCACUUCGGAAAUGAAGAUGCUUGUGGAGCGGACGGACGAAUCCAUCCCGAGAAAAUUGAGCGUCCCAGAGAGAUCUGAGCGGUUCGAGGUUGUGAGCAAACGACUUGUGGGCCUUUCGAUCAAGAAUCGUCUUGAGCCUGCGGAUAGCCUCGUCGACUCCUUCGUGUCUCAGUAUGAACAGGACAAGCUGCAGUUUGUCCCGUGGGAGAAGCUUGUUUCCAAAGAACAAGAGGCCUCAACUGGGGCAAAGCGAGAGCCUUUCUUCUCGCUGGACAGUACUGGCAAGCUCAGGUCGGAGACGAAGGUUGAAGUCCGUGCUGACACAAGCACGGAGCUGCUCUUGCAGCUCGCGCUUCAGAGGCGCGGCAUCGCUAUGGAAAUGGCAAACAUCCUUGACUACCAUCGUCACCACAUGUGGGUCGAGCGCCUUCUUGCGGCGCGCCUCGACGCACCUCCGUCGACGCACAUGCAGCCUACUCUUGAUCAGUGUCAGCAGGCUGACAGAAAGCUUUGGCAGCUUCUCGGAGAAGCAACGCGCUCGGGCAUCCAGCUCAAAGCUGGUGGGCGACCACUCGACGCCAUCUUCGAAACCACGUGGCAGUCACCCGAGGUACUUCAUCUGCUCCAGCCGAUGCCUCGGGCAGCAGGCGCUUCGGCCUCACAGAAGGUGGAACCGCCGCCGAGACCGCACGGGCCAGGCCCGUACGAUCGUCCAGGCAAAGGCCGAAAAGGCACUGGAAAAGGUGCCAAGGGCACCAAAGGUGGCGGGAAAGCUUGGCUGGGCAAGGUUUUGUAUCGCCGCAAGCCCCGCUUGUGCCGAAUGAUUCUCCUUCAUCAGGGUGCUCAGUGGCCCGACUCUAUGUUGCAACGCAAGUCUGUUUCUUCAGCGAAUCCCACGCAGUCAGGGUAUUACAACUUCGGGCCCAGAGCCAGCAACCCGCAGCAUCUGACACAUGCCACGCUGGCCAUGCAGGCUUUUGUCCAGCAACUGAAUGCAGCCAUCAGAGGGCUUCUGCCCCAUGUGUCCUGGAAUGCAAUCUGUGUAGGCAGGAACACCUUAUCGGAUUUCCACAGAGAUUCGGGUAACCAACAGGGUUCGCUGAACCACACCUUCUCGCUGGGCGCCUUCACAGGCGGCCAGCUCUGGCUUGAGGAUGCAUCGGGCACUUCUGAGGUUACUGUGCCAGGCGACAAGAAGAUCCGCGGCAAGAUAGUCAACACGUUCUGCCGCCCCACUAGCUUUCCAUGCAACUUGUGGCAUAAGACUAUGCCAUACACAGGCGAGAGGUGCGUCGUCACACUCUACACUCUUUCAGGUGGGCGACCUACGGCGCUGCUCCCAUUGGGCUUUCCGUGUGCACCUACUGCUGCGGCACAACCGCUCCCUGUAGAGCGGCUGCCUCUUCAGAAUACCUUGCCGUGUGCCACUGCCACUUCUGGGUCUAGCCCCACUGUUCCCGGCCUUUUGGGUUCCGCCCCACCUGCCGACCCGUCGUGUAAACGCUUGAAAUCGCACGCUCAUGCCGCGCAGCCUCCCCGGCAUGAUAAACCUUUGUUCUUGGAAAUUUGCAGUGGGUCCGCUAUGCUCUCUUAUGUUGCUAAGGAGGCCGGAUACACGGCCGUGCCAAUCGAUUGGCAUCACAACAAACAACGGACGUGUGUGCACACUUUGCAGCUUGACUUGCGCCUUGACAGCACGUGGUCUUUCCUACGACGCAUUUGUUCAGAGUACAACGUCGCCUGGAUCCACAUGGCUCCUCCAUGCGGUACUGCCAGCAGAGCUCGGGAAUGCGGGCCCGGCCCCAAGCCACUGCGUUCAAUUCGCCACGUGCGUGGGCUCCCCGGCCUUCCACCAGUGGAGCAGGCCCGGGUGGACAGUGCCAACACUAUAUAUGACAACAUGGUGGCUUUCUGUGAGUGGCUGCUUCAUGCCAUGCCGCAUGUCCCUUUUUCGGUUGAGAACCCAUUGCAUAGCUACCUUUGGCAGCUUCCGAAGUGGGCCGCGCUGGUUUCAAAGCACUCCUUCGUCACAUUUGACUCGUGCCUCCACGGGUCACAACGCAAGAAGGCCACGGCCCUUCUCACAAACUCCGAGCUUUUACACUGCCUUUCCGGACCCUGUCCAGGUUGCUCCUCGCAUCUGCUAUGGGGCAAGCAGGGCCGCUCUUUUGCCACUGCUGACGAGACAGGCUAUCCCAAGCUUCUUUGCGAAAGGAUCGUCGCAUGCGUGGAUACGUCGGCCGCAUCACGAGGCAUUGCGCCAGAACGCCUAAGUGUGUCCAAAGUCUUUGCUGCACGUGCCGCAGGUCAGGUGCAACCUCGUGGCCGUAAGUUCCCGCCGAUCAUUUCGGAAUUUGCUUACACCGUCUCAGUUGGCAGUGCUGAGGCUCCUACUCUGAAUUCCAAGCAUUGCCUUUCGACUGCCUGGCAUGGCGUCCCUGCAGGUGCCAAGCUCCUCCGGGAGUCAGUUGAAAGGGGAGGUUCGCGACUCCCUGAGGGCAAUAAGUUCUACAUUUUCGGCGUGUAUCGAUCCAUGCAAGCUUUCUUGAACGAGGCAAAGUUAGUUGUGCAUCCUUUUGAUUCCGCCAGAUCACUUCCCGAUGAACUUUUGCGAGUCUUGUUCGACACCCUUACGAAGAGCCCCGUCGACACGAUGAGGCACCGCCUUCUGAAGCUACAGCAUUGGCGUGCCCUCGCCAAGCAGCUUGAGCCCGAGGAAGAGAAAAUCAGGUCGGCUAUGGAUCCUUGUGUGCGGAAGGUCCUCGGGUGCAAACGUAUUGCGCUCAUGAAGAGGGUUGCCGCCGACUUGUCGUGGCCUGACACGACUCUCUUCGAUGACCUUGCUGCCGGCUUUAAGCUAACGGGGUACUUAGGACGCACGGGGGUCUUCGCUAGUGAUGUUAAGCCUGCCACGAUGGACCUUGACGAAUUCUGGGCGAGUGCUCCCCUUCGAAGGGAAACUCUUCUUGAGAAGGUCAGGGCUCAGAAGGACCAUGAUUAUGCCGAGGAGCUCUGGGACAUGACACUUGAGGAGUCAAACAGAUCCGGGAAGUGCUGGCUCGAGGGCCCGAUCGAUGUUGACUCUUUGGGGGACACCUUCCCCGAAGGCUGGAAUGCUUGCCGGCGUUUUGCAGUCUGGCAGGGCAAAUGGCGUGCCAUCGAUGACUUCUCGGAAGCUGCGGUGAACUCUUGCUUCGGAUGCUUCGAGCGUGUCACGCUUAAGGCCCUUGAUGAGAUAUGUUGGCUGUGCAUGCAGGUUUGCCGUGCGGCAAAAUCGUCGGGCUCCCUCGAUCUGGAGCUCAGCUCAGGUGAGAGACUCAAGGGACCUCUCCAUUCUGCGUGGAAGGACCCUGACCGCGUCCGUCCUCACUGCAAAACUUAUGACCUUCAGGCAGCGUACAAGCAACUUGCAUUGCACCCAGGCGAGAGGCCGAAAUCCGUUAUCCUGCUCAGGGAGCCCGGCUCCCGCGCUGUGAAAGCCUUUGUGUGCAACACUCUUCCUUUCGGGGCAUCGGCUUCAGUCAUGCAAUUUAACCGGGUGGCAUUGUUUCUACAAAGGGUCCUUUGGGAUUUGAGGGUAGCUGUGACUUGCUACUACGACGACUUCCCGACCAUGACACCCUCGUUCUUGUCGGGCGGGACGGACAAUGCAGUUCAUGCCCUCAUGGACUUGUUCGGCUUCUCCUUGUCCGAGAAAGAGAAGCCGUUCUCUUGCACUGCAGAGACUUUGGGUGUUGUGCUUGAUACUUCGGAUCCCGACAUGGGGCGCAUCUUCGUAUCGAACAAGCCUGAACGGGCUGCCAUGCUCGAGGAGUCCAUAGGCCGCAUCCUUGAACAAGGCCAGGUGGACACGAGGGAGUUGCCCUCCCUUCUUGGCAAACUUCGCUUUGCAGAUGCUCAGCUGCUCGGCCGCACGGGGCGAUUGGCCCUGGCUGACCUCAGGCUCCUAGGUGACAAAGGUGGUGUCUUGCAGUUGACCGAUUCGCAAUCGAACGCCUUGGCUGUCUUGAGGGCGAGACUUCUUGCGAGCAGGCCGCGGGCCAUUGCUACGAGCCCGCCUUCGAAUCCAGUCCUUAUCUUCACAGAUGGCGCAUGCGACCCGUGUGAGGGCAGCUUCACCACGGGUGUUGGAGGAGUCCUCUUUGCUCCCGGCAAGGGGGUAGCUAGAGCUUUCGGCUGCAGGGUUCCAACCAAGCUCGUCAAGCAAUGGGCCGAAGGUAGGAAACACAUUAUAGGGCAGGUCGAGCUUUACGCGGUGGUGCUCGCCAGGAUCUUGUGGUCGAGUUACAUUGACGGCGAAAGAUGCAUAUUUUUCGUUGACCAUUCGGGUGUGCUGAGUGCCUGCAUCAACUCGAACUCGAUCGAUGCAUCGUGGAGAAGUCUGCUCCUCCACCUGGAGGCUGCCGAUGAAGCACGGCCGUGUUUGCCCUGGUUUCAUCGUGUCCCGAGUCAGAGUAACAUCGCGGACCCGCCUUCGCGAGGCAGAUGGGACGAGCUGGCAUUUCUCGGGCCUUUUGAUCGUGACGCACCGACUUGCUUUGUCACUGGUGAGGUGCGACUGAUCCGUUGGCACGCCUGGUGCCUCGACUUAGGUGGAGGGGCACUCUUAGAGUCCCUGGCACGAUCUCUGGCUCGUGGCAUGAGUCGCUUCUACAGUGCAUCUGCGGACGAUGACCGAAACGAUGAGGCACAGCCACUGAGCGACGAGGACAUGACUGACUCGGUCGACGGCGACAGCAAUGCCCUCCGUGCUGCCGAUCGCAAUGCUUCAGGUGUCACGUCCUCUGCGGCUGGUGACUCUCUGGACCCUGGGAAUGAUGCUGUACUUUGGGCUCGCCUUCAGAGGCUCGAGCAGGAGCGGCGGUCGCUUCCUUGGGCGCCCGUGGCGGGUUUUCUUUCGGAUGUUAUGCCACUCGGCGAUGAGGCUUCGGACAGUGAUGCUCCAGGUUCUGCCGGGCCUAUGGAUACCAGUUGCGCUUCGACUUCUGGGCCACCAGUGAUUGCUGCCGCUCCCAGCCUUGACGACCUUGCUCGCCGCCUGGACGUGGCUGUUGAGCGCCUGGAUGGUCUUGAUGUUACAGUCGCUACUUUGACCCGCCGACUUGAUACUGCUUUGGAUCGCAUAGGAUUCAUCGAGGACCAUUCUCUGGUCCAGCUGGAGAAAAUUAUCCGCGAUCUUCGUCGGCGAAUCUCUGAGUGUGAAUCCCAUGCAGUGACUGACAUCACAAGUCGCAAUGAGCUUCGAGAUGAUCUCACUCGUCAUGUUCAGGCUUGCAGCACCCCUGAGGCUCAUGCCGUACUUCGGCGUCAGCUGGCGCAGAUUUCCCAGGAUGUGCAGUUCUUGCUGGUCUUCGUGACGGAUCCAAUUGGUGGGCCCGUCGCCCGGCGUUACGCCGCGGUGACACCUGGUCUCGACCUUGGCUGCGUUUGGCAGACUAUCUCGCCACAGCUGGACCACGGGUUGGCCCUCUAUGUCGCGGCGGAGCUCUUCACCUUUCUGCUUCAGGUUCAAUCGGAGGAUCUUCGAUUGUGUCUGUCACAGGCUGCAAACCUCGAGGGCAGGCUUCUUAAUGUGGAACAUUUGGUGUGGCCUUCGAACUCUGACAGUUCUCUUUUGUCGGAUGCUGCGGAUCGGUUUCUGGCUAUUGAACAGAGGGUCGCUGCUCUCUCCGAGGGCUUGGAUUCUGUGUCGCUUCAUGUCAGCCAGACUGCUUUACAGACGGAUGCAUUGUCCUGGAGGUUGGAUCGCUUGGAUACUCGUGUCAGGUUGCUCUGGGAAAAUGUUGAUGAUCUGCGGUCGGCUCUGGGCCUAUUGGUUCCAACGAUUACCGGUGAUCCCCAGGUGGCGGCUCGGGCACUAUCAGAUGCUCUCCCCGCAAGGAUGGCACGGGCUGAACAGGCCCUCCAGUCAUUGUCUCAGCAGGAUACGGCAUCAGGGUCCAGUUCACUCCUUGACCGUGUGGCUCGCCUCGAGUCCUUGGUUGUGUUUACUGGGCAUCAAUUCACCGGUUCCUUUGGACCGAUUGCCUUGGCUAGCUGUGUGUUUCGUCCUCCGAGCUUUGUGGACUUGUCCGAGGUCUCUAAGGGUGGCUUUGCUCCGCUCCGCAGUGCAAGGGUGCUCCCAAACAUGAAGGAUUUUCCUCCUGCUCCGGCUCAUCCUUACAAGCCGGCGGCACCGGGCACUAUGUUGUCGGCUUGGCAGAAUGCUAAAAACGAGCAGCUUAAGGUCUGGCUGGCCCUGGCAGCCACAGCUGCUGCUGCCUCUGCAAUGGUGGCAGAGCUCUUGCAGAGUCCAAAUUCUUCGGUACUUCUGGUGCGCCUGGUUCAGGGGAACGCUCCUUCAACUCUCACCAACUACUUCGGACGUUGGAAACAUUGGGUCGAGUUUUGCCAGGUCCAAUCGGCAGAUGAAUGGGCACCCAAGGUAGCCUUCCUCUGCGAUUUCUUGAUCACGCACUGCAAAGGUCUUCUGGGGUCGGCUAUCGCGUGGCUCAAGGCCUUCAGGUUCAUCACUACGCGGCUGGAGGUCCAGUCAUUCAAGUUGGCGCUACAGUCUGAGGCAUUGCGGGCCUUUGUCAAAUCCGUGAAUGUGGUUCAGCGCAGGGAGACAGCACCUUUCCCGCUUUCCUUCGUCAUUUGGUUGGAAAGGCAAGUGCUGGAUGCGGCCCAGUCCGCAGCACAUCGAAUUCGGUGUGGCUUCAUACUGGUUUGCGUGUUUGCCAGCCUUCGUUGGUCGGAUGCUCAGUGGUCUCCGCCUUCCUUUCUUCACUUGGAUCGGCAGGCGCUUCUUGGAUGUGCUACAAGGACGAAAACUACUUCUCGAUCCAUGCCGUGGGGAGCCUGGGCUCCCGGGUUUCUCGCUAGGCCUCAAACGGUCCCCGGCUGGGGCCAGGUCUGGCUGUGUCUGGUCCAGGAGGCGGUGACCCGUACUUCGGCCGCUCGUCCUGGGUUUCAGCCCGAUUUUCUGGUAGCCGACUUGGGUCCGGAUGCUCGUGCUCCGGUCUUCUUGGCUCCUUUGAGCCGUGCUGCGGGGGUGGUCCUGAUCCGCAGACUUUUGGCGAUGUGCUAUGAGAGCUCGGACCAACGGCCGGACUUGUCACUCAUUGGCGUGCACAGUGCCAAAGUCACGUUCUUAUCCUUGGCUAAGCAGCUCUUGUUGGACGAAGCCUUGCGGCGAGAGCAAGGCAGUGGCGAAUGGAUUCCUACCGCUGAGGCCGUGCGCCGCCACUCCCUGACAUCACAGCUCCACGACAGAGAGCCGUUGGUUCUCGAUCAAGAUUCGAGCUCUGAUUCCGAAGAUGAUGCUCCGGCGGCUCCUGAGGUCGAGUCCACAUCAGCGGCCCCGGCCGCAGCUUGGGAACUGGUGUCGUCCGGUGACGUGGCGUCUUCACCGCAGGAUCUUGGUGAGCCUGAAGAGUUCGAAUUUUUAUUUAAUCCAAUGACGUCAAUUGUGCAUCUUGCCAAGCCUUGCCGGGCAGACCAUCCAGCUUGUCAGUUCCGCCCAGCUCCGGACGCAGUUGGGGAUGCUCCUCUUCGCCCAGGUUGCUCCAUAAGAGGCAAUCUGGCAAUUGGUCUCUUUCGGGCGUGGUUGCGGGGCUUCGUUGCAUGCCUGGGGGUGCACGCUUGCACCACGGGCCUUGUGCACGGAUCCGCCGUCAUGCUCGAUGAUCCCGCCGCUUUCACGGGCCUUCUCACUAGAUGGGCGGUCCCGGAUGCAGUCAAGGACAAGCUUCGUGAUGCAGGCUACAACACCAUGGCUCUUCUGGAUGACCUCGAGGCCUUUGUUGAGUCUUUGCUGGGCAGAGCAGUGGGUGCGGACCCGACGGUCCCCAUUUUCUCUCCGGAGGCGGCUGCCCUUCGUCGUGUGCUUAAAGAGUGCAUCAACCUGGCAGGGCCGGCCGGUGCUUCGUCCCCGGCUGCACCGACCCCGGCAGCUGUGAGACCAAAACUGCAAGCUGCGGAUGUCCAAUCGCUUGUGGUGGAGUUCUCGCGCAAAUAUCCUUCGGAACUCCUUCGCCCGGAGGUCAUGCCAAGUCUGCCUUUCCUGAAUGCGGUCAAGGAUGCGGUCGACUCUAAGCAGCUCUCCUGGAUUUCAUGGCGACUUCGAACGAGUGAGUCAGAUGAACAGGCUCUCACCGAGCGACGCAAACCGCGCACGGACUCGCAGAUGCUACAGUCACUGCUCGGUCCGGUCUCGGAUGAACUUGUGGUGGAUGUCCCGCAGCACCUCCCCCUUGAGUCUGUGAUUCGUCGCUACCUUGACCGCAUGUCUUAUGCCCUCGCGGUUCUUGAUGCAUGCCACUUACUGACUCUGAAGAAACUCUCGGAGAAAUUUGUGAGCCUGGCGACGGCGAUCCCGAUUGACCGUUCCCUGCGAGGACCCACGCUGGCAGAGGCUAUGGAUGCCGAUCGUGUGCUUUGGAGUGCCAUCUGCUCCUUGCAGAAGGAAUACGGCUGGUCUUUACAGGAUUGUGUCUCUGAACUGACACAUGUACGAUCGGACCUUCACAACGCUUUGGCUCCGCGGCCGAAGGUGCACCAGGGUGGAGGUGAGCCUCGCGGCAAACGCCAGCGCACUGAACCGCCGCCCGCUCCGCAUCCAAAUCCUCGAGCCAAAGCCAAGAGCAAGGCCAAGCCACGCAAGAGUGGGGAUGCGGGUCCCUCCAAAGAUCGCGUCUCCAUCAGCAACUGGCCGAGCAAUUGGGCUCGCCAGAUCGGCGGGGCAGCGGUGGAGGAUGGCAUGGACCUUGAUCCCCCGCCUGAUUUUGCCCCUGUGGUCUCUGGGCUCGCUGACCUUUUGCUGCAAGAAGCACCUGACCUUGACGAUCGGUUCUCUAGUGGGGCUUCGGUCUCGGCUGGUCUUUACCAUCGGAUCAAGGUUGGCCUGCGCAAGGUAUGCGGGUCACACCCUUCAUCGGUGCGAGUUCUGAAUUCGCUCAUUUCUUCAAUGUCACCUGGGUUUUUCCAUUCAUCUUUUGUCUUGAUCGACGGCAUUGCUUCAGAGGCCCACUGUGAUACAGCCAACUCGGACCUGCCCAAUGUGGUCAUUCCCAUUUCUUGUUUCUCCGGUGGUGAGUUGCGGGUUGCGCACCCCUCCGGGGCUGAUGUGAUGAUGCAUGAUGGCGUCAAGCACCCGGCUGUCUCUCUGCCAGUGUGUCGCGGCCCAGUGAUCUUCACUGCAUCGUCUUGCCUUCAUGAAGUCCUGCCCUUUGAAGGAGCAGCGGGACUUGCUCCCACGGCCAAAUUCUGUCAGUGCGGUCGGUUCUGGCAACUCCGGACAGGGAUUUGCCCUGACUUGCCCCAAUUGCCCGAUUCCGACUUUAUCUGCGACUGCAAUUCGGGGCGUUUCUUUCUGGAUAUCUGUUCCGGGGCCGGGGCUCCUGUCAGCGCGGCCAUGCAAGCCUUGGGCAAGGACUGCUUUCAACCAGUUGACAUCAUUCAUUGCCAGGAUUUCGACCUUCUGGAUGAUGAAUUUUUCGCUCAACUCCUGGCGCUCUGCUCCAGCGGCGUGGUGGGAGCGGCCAUAGCGUCUCCGCCCUGCGGGGAAUUCAGCCUUCUCAAACUGCGACCGGGCGGACCACCCCCCUGCCGCACACCGGAGGAGCCGCUCGGGUGUAUUUCCAACGAUUGGCAUCAAUCUAUGGUGGCUCAGAACAGUGCUCUACUUCAUGAUCGAUGUCGGGAGCUUCUCUCCAGUGUCGCGGCUGUGGGAGGCUGCAUUGUUUUUGAACAGCCGCCAUCUUCCAUGACUUUUUUGACAGAGACAAUGCAACAGUGGAUUUCCAGCACACUUUCAUUCGGUGCCCAAGUUGCAGCUUGUCAUCACGGCAUGGAUGUGUCCAAGCGCUGGCUCUUCUUGUCCAACAGGCCGGACAUACUCGACCUGUGGGGGAUUCGAGCAGAUGAUGGAAGUUUCCUUAGCCGAAUGACGGCUGCGUACCCGAAAUCGCUGGCGGCCGCUUUGGCUGCGCUUCUGGGAAGGUACACUUCGUCUCAGGGCCGGCUGCUUCCAUGUGCAGACUGGCGCUCUGUGCUCCCCCUGGACCCAGUUUGGCCUCAGCUGAGUCGCCGCAUUGAGGAUGGGGCAGGUGUCAACAGUACAGCGUGCUGGAUUACUCCACAAGCCGAUGACCACCUUGCAGGUCUUCGCAAGAAGUGGACGCAGCGUCUGGUCGACAGUCGUCUCUGUCUCCGCAUCUGUUCCACUUUGCGAGCUGGUACCGAUUGUCCACCAAUCAGCGCGGAGGAGCUUCAGCCCUUUCUCGAUGACCUGUGUUGCUUUUGUGAGGUCCCUGCAACAGAGGUCGAGAAUUUUCUGUCGAUUCAACCGGGACAGCCUUUCCGCUUGAACGUCCUGGAGAAGCUGCUGGCUGUUACUAAAGACCCUGAAUCAGAUCUAUGCCAGCAUCUCCGGAAAGGGGUGCGCAUUGGUGUGGACCACGAACUGCAGCCCUCGCCUCAUUGGCCACCUCGCACUGCAGAUCCGAUUGUGUCGGACCUCGUGAUUUGCGAAGGUUCUUGGAAAAGUGCCUCCGACCACCCGGAUCAGGUCCGGGAGCUCCUGGCCCAGGAAAUCGCUGAAGGCUGGAUUGUGGAGAGACCUUCGGUUCAAUACCUGCAUGAUCACUUCCCGGCGGUGGCUAUCGGCAAACUUGGACUGGUUCUGGCUGAAGGCAGGUCGCCUCGACUCACGGUCGACAGCUCGAUUAGUGGUGUCACGGCCGCUUGUCAGAUUCCAAAUCACAUGCUGCUGCCACGCAUAUCCGACGUUGAGGAUUGCGCUCCCUCCUGCCUAGGCCGCCAACCUUGGAUCACGGUUUCUUUGGAUGUGCGCAAGGCUCACCGCAUGGUCAUGGUGGAACACUGUGACCAGGCUUUGCUGGCCUUCACCUUCGAGGGACGCGUCUUUACGUCCAGCACCCUUAAUUUCGGGGCCAGAGCAUCCGCUUUUUGGUGGGCCAGAGUUGGUGGAGCCCUGCUUCGUCUGUCGCACGCAGCGAUCUGGCUUUCACAUCUGCUUUGGGGCUACGUGGACGAUUUUUUGGGAGGUUUUCGCGGCGAUGUGGCUCCGAUCUCUGCCUCCAUUUGGAUCCUCUUGCUCUUAGCACUGGGAGUACCACUUUCUUGGCCAAAGUGUGUCUGGUCGUCGGAGUGCAUUUGGAUUGGAUGGUCCAUCAAUCUUGAAAGCUGGGUUUGCGAGCUCCCGUCUGCUAAAAUUUCCAAAAUUCUUGAUCAAAUCGCUGAGCUACUUUCUGCUGGAGACAAGGUCAAGUUCAAGACUUUGGAAUCACUCAUUGGACGCCUCUUGUGGGUUACAGGCUUGUGGACGGUGCUUCGGCCUCUGCUGUCCCCAUUAUAUGCAGCUCUGCAGCGCUUACCAGCUUCCUCGGUUGGUGUCAGCCCUGAGCUGUGGGCUGCGAUCAAGCGCAAUAUUGCUGAGGAUUGUGUGCUGACCCGCUCGGUUGGGCAUCCGUCCUUCCAUAAAGGUGCUUGCAUCACUCGUGCGGCCAAUACUUUUGUGUCUUGCAAGCAGGAUCUUGAUCAGGUGCCAUUCAGGAAGCGCCGAUUGUGGGUCGAGGUUAAGGAUCCUGGGCAUCCGCUGCGAGUCCUCGGGGAUGUCGGCAGGUCAAGCUUAAUUGCAUGGCGUGCCAUCUUCCAGGGAACCCCAUUCUUGAAGGCGCUUCGCAGCCCGCUCCCGCUGAAGGUCAUCGCGGAGGCGGAUGCCUUUGCCGAUGCGGAGGUGUCUGGGUUAGGAGGCUACGCCAUGUGGCCCAGUGGUCGCACUGUCUGGUUUUCCAUUAGAAAAGACAGUCAGGAGUGGGCUGCUCUCACUUCGUGGUUCCUUCCGCCCCUCCAGGCGCAUAUUUCGGCGUUGGAACUCCUGGCUCAAUUACUGCUGCUUUGGUGUGUCUUCGCCACUCUGCCUUCCAAUCGUGGACUAUGUCGAGCUUGCCUUCGUUCUGACAACUCCGGUGCAGAGGCCUGUGCCUCCAAGGGCCUUUCCUCGGUGCUGUCCAUGAGCGAGAUUGUCAAGAAGUUCCUUGCUUUUCAGGCGUGGUCUGGUGUACAAGCUGAGGUCGAGCAUGUACCUGGGUAUCGCAAUGAACUUGCAGAUGCGCUCAGCAGGCUUACGCCGAACGACAUUGCACCAUUGCCCUUGGGUGACCGGGUGCAUCCGCCUUUGCAAUGGCUUCUUGAGCAGCGGGUCUUCUUGCUUUGCACCAACAUGUCGGGCCACUCGGAGGAAUCUUCUUCCCGUCUGUCCGGCGCUGCUCCAGAGUCGUCUCCAUUUUCGGGGCCGGUUCUACGGGAGGCUGAUCUUGGAGCGUUGGGGGCCUGUCCUCCGCCGUGUCUCCAGUGUGAUCUCCUUCGUGCAGAGGUGCUGAUGCUACGUGCUGAAGUUGCGAGCCUGCGCAACUCCAGCUUGGCUGCACUCUGGGAUGCGAUCUAUGCCUUGCAGGGCCAGCUCAACGAGGUUCGCCCACGUGGCGAGGAUGACCAUUUUUCAUUCGUGUUUACGGCGGUCGAAGAGAACACCGCAGCUCGCCUGCUGCGCUCGCCUUUGGCGAAUGUUCGCUGCCUUCGCUAUCAUGAACAACGUCUGGACGCUCUUGUCAAUCUCAAUGCUGACAUCGAACGGUUAGCUCUGACAGCAGGUUUUGCAUCCGAGUGA